GCACUAUCCCCAGUGUUGUUUAACUUGGUGUUGGAGAAAAUAUUACGAGAAAUAAAUGGCUUAGAAAGAAUUGUGCUUGGGCAGAUAACAGUAUGACUCCUAGCAUAUAUGAGUGAUAUUGCUCUCUUUGGAGAUAUAGAAACAAUAAAUCGUCUCAUAAAAAAAACUCAUUAAGGCUGCUGCUGAAAAAGUGGAAUUAACUGUAAACGACAAUAAGAUUGAAUAUUUAUGUGUUAUCUAUAGUAACAGAAAUGGUAUACAGGAUAAUGAUGUUAUGACUGAGGUGUUAUCAUGAUUACAAUUAGAAAAUAAGUGUUUUACUGAUGGGAUUAAGUUCUAGGACCCUCUUAAAAUAAGGAUGUACAUAACGUUAUUAAGAUAGAUAGAUGGCAAAGUAUGUAUUUAGUGGUAUGGUUUUGAAGGCCAGAACCAAGAAAGAAGAAAAAGGAGUCAGUUGUGAUGCUUGCAUGAGAGGAAAUUUUAAAGGGCGUCGUUUUAAGUGUUUGAAAUGUUAUGAUUAUGACUUAUGUGCUAAUUGUUAUGAAGCUGGUGCAUCUACUCCUCGUCAUUCUGUUGAUCACCCUAUGCAAUGUAUAUUAACAAGAGCAGACUUUGAGUUAUAUUAUGGUGGUGAGUCAUUGGGAUCUGACCAACCACAAGCUUUUACAUGUCCUUUUUGUGGGCGUAUGGGUCUUACUGAAGCAGUUCUUACAGAACAUGUUACCAAUGAACAUCCAGAUUCAACUGCAGAAGUUGUUUGUCCAGUUUGUGCAGCUCAUCCAGGAGGUGAUCCAAAUUUGCUGACAGAUGAUUUUUCUGUUCAUUUACAGAUGCAACAUCGUGCUAGUCCAAAUGUUCCACGAGAUUUAAUUUCGUUUUUAGAUGAACCAACAGUAGCUAGACAUUCAGCUAGGCGUAUACCACAAUCUUCUCGUGGUAUGGGGAGUACAAGAGUUCGUAGAGCUAUCAAUUUCAGGUACCGGGCUGCAAAUGGUGGAGCAAGAGAUACUUCAGAUCCAAUAGCUGAAUUAUUAUCACAAUUAAGUGGUGUUCGAAGAGCUCAAUCUAGUAGUGUACCUGGAUCAUCAGCAAGUAGUUCUCAAGGGGGUCAUUCUGCUAAUAAUGUGUCAUCACAGUUGCAACAGUUGCAGAUGCAGUUGCAGCUUGAAAGGCAACAAGUCAGGGCUGCAAGACAACAAUUAGAGCGUUUACCUCGUCGUCAAGGUCAUAGUUCAUCAACUGCUGCUGCAUCUUUGGCUAAUAACAAUGUUGUUGGGUCUGGAGUACCUAUACAGGCAACUGGCACUUCAUCAAAUUUAUUAAAUAUUCAAGUAGUGGAAUCCAAUUCUAACCAAAACCAGACUACACGCAAUAACGCAUCACAAUUUUUAAUCAAGUAUAUUGAUGCACCACUCACAGAAUCGGAGCAACAAAAGCUAGAUGUUGACCGUGCAGAUCGUAGUUUUUUUAUGCAAGAGUUAUUACUUUCAAUGUUAACUCCCAAUGAAACUAUUUCAAUGCCAACUCAAACCAAAAAAGAUCAUGUAACUUCUACAACCUCAGCCCAACCUCAGGUAUCACAAACUAUAACUAGACCAAAUGUACAGGAUAUUGAACGACAACCUAAUAAUAAAUCUUCAACACCACCUCUUUCACAACAACAGUCAACUAAUUAUGUUACUGAUAUGCCUCAUAGAUUUUCUUCGCCUCCUAGUCGCAAUAGACAAACUGUAAUGCAAUCGCAAAUACCACAACCAGCAACAAAUGUACGAAAACAACCCAAAGUUACUGAUAACCCACCAUCGCACUGAAUUAAUAAAUUGGACAUUUAUGGUUAUUGCGUAACAAAUUCAAUAUGAAUUGUCUAGUCGUGUACUGGUGUUACAACACUAAUUAUGAAAUUUAAUUAAUGUAUUUAGAUUGUUUUCUAGAAUUGAGAUUAGUUUUAUAUACAAUAUUUGUAUUAAAUAAAAUCAAUAACAAAAUUAAUAAAACAUCAAAAUUUA